CUCUGCACCUGCAUCUCUGACCGACUCCGCCCAAAACCCACCAGAAACAUGGGCUGCUGUGGCUGUUCUGGAGGCUGUGGCUCCAGCUGUGGGGGCUGCGGCUCCAGCUGUGGGGGCUGCGGCUCCAGCUGCUGUGUGCCCGUGUGCUGCUGCAAGCCCGUGUGCUGCUGCAAGCCCGUGUGCUGCUGUGGAGGCUGUGGCUCGUGUGGGGGCUCCAAGGGGGGCUGUGGCUCGUGUGGGGGCUCCAAGGGGGGCUGUGGCUCCUGUGGGGGCUCCAAGGGGGGCUGUGGCUCCUGUGGGGGCUCCCAGUCCAGCUGCUGCAAGCCCGUGUGCUGCUGUGGGGGCUGUGGCUCCUGUGGCUCCUGUGGCUGCUGCCAGUCCAGCUGUGGGUCAUCCUGCAGCCAGUGCAGCUGCUGUGUCCCCAUCUGCUGCCAGUGCAAGGUCUGAGGCUCUGAUCUCAGGUCUCAGGUACCUCCUGCUGAUCCAGGUUUCCCAAGUAUGACCCAUGUUUUGAUGCUAAGUACCAAACCACACCUCAGGGUCCAUCACCCUUGUAGAAAGAAGCUACAUUUGGCUGCCAGUUCCUUGGGAGAAGGCACUCUAGUAUCCAGUGUCUCCUGACAAAUCCCUUCCCAUGUCAUUCCCUGGCUACACGUCCCUUCCCCCCUCCCCGACCUCCUGCUGGACAGUCCACUGAGAGGCAUGUACUCCAAUGAAGUCCUGUUUUCCAUUUGGAACAGGCUGUGGGUCAAGGACUUCCAUGCAGCUGCCUCGCAUGUCAAACCCUCUGCUUUCUCUUAAACCCUCUGUUGCAAAUCAGUAAAAACAUCACCUUGACAAAUUGUAA